AUGCCGCUCUUUGGGAAUAUUGUUGUAAUUAAACGGAAUGGGACUGAUGGAAUUAGUUUUCCACUCACUGCAAGCUCUUGUUUAUUCGGAAGGAGGACAGAAUGUGAUAUUCGCAUCCAACUGCCUCAGGUCUCAAAAGAACACUGUAAAAUUGAAGUAAAUGAAAACAAGGAGGUAAUAUUGACUAAUUUAAGUACAGUAAAUCCUACGCAGCUGAACGGUGGUUGUUUUCAUCAACCUGUACCUCUGAAGCAUGGAGAUGUGCUAACUAUUAUUGAUCGUUCUUUCAGAUUUGAAUAUCCUCUCCAAUCAACUCCAAGAAAGAGGCGUUCCAGGUCUCCAAAAGAUGAAACACUGCAGGAGAUGUCAAGAGAUACUGGUAAAGGAAGUCACUUGCAGGAUCAUAAGGAACUAAGUACAGCAGGCAAAUCUAAAGGUACUGAAGUUACCACCAAACCCAGUAAGGAGAAUGAUGGAAAUGCAGUAUUUUCACUGCAGCCGUGCUCUAUAGAAAGCUUGGAUUGUGCAGAUAAAAUGAAAAUACACAGCUCUGCAAUAGCAGUAGAUAAACUAGCACAAACAACUAACAUGACAAAUGUUUCUGAAGUCUAUAAAUAUGUUCUGUCUACACCAACACCCAGAAGGAAGAGUCCUCGGUCUCAUUUCAUAUUGCCUACAGAAGAAACCGGUGGAAUGAACCCUGAAAAUACUGAUACUCCAACAUCUCGACGACACGUGUCAUUGAAACGUAAGUGGUUUUCAGAAUUUUCAUCUGAAAUUCAAGGGGAAGGUUCAGUGUGCAGAAAUGAUAGCCUCAAACAACUGCCUUUGGCGGAAAAUAAAUGCUUAAAACAAAGACGAAAUAGUAAACAACAUACACCAGGAAAACCUGUAAAAGACGUGCUGCAAGAACAAUGUGGUCAGACAAACUUUGUUAGCUCAAAAGAGGGGCAUUCUGAAACUCCUGCAUCUUUUUCUAAUUCCAAGAGUCCCAGAAGAAAUAACAGGCAAAGUAAAGAAUUAUCCAGGAAAAGUGUCCAUUCAGAGACACUGGUUUCAGAAGAGUUAACAUCAGAACUGGCAUCUCCUGCUAGUCAGAAAUCUGACUCUGUAAGAAAAAGGGGUAGGCCAAGGACCCCUGGGCUGCUACCUGAAAAAGUGUCGGAGACAACUGCCGUUGAAGAACAUUGCAAUAAGACUACAGACAGAAAAGACAGCGGAACUAAAGAAGAGCUGGCCACGAAAGGGUAUCAUCAGAAACAAGAUUUGGAAGAUGCCAGUGUUAGAAGACCUCGUAGAUUGUCAUCAAAGAGAAGGUCUUCUGGAAGUGCCACUGUACUGAAAGACAAUGAGGCUGACUCAGAAAUGAGUAUUUCUGGCCUGUUGGCUGGAGAAGAAUCAGGCAAGACAAAAAGGAUAUCUCAGAAGAGGAAAAGUGGUGAUUUGUUACUUCAGCCUUUAGGAAAAAGGAAGAGAGUGUCUUUUGGUGGUCAUCUAAGUCCAGAACUUUUUGAUAAAAGUUUACCUCCCAACUCACCCCUUAAAAGAGGUGCAAUUCCUGCCAGACUGAGCUUACCAUUUGGAAACUCACCACGUGCAGUUCUGAAAAAGGCUGAGGGAUUGAAGCGCUUUGCAGUCCAGGAACUUUCUGAACAUUGGCAGAAAAAGAAAAUGUCACCAAAAAAUUUGCCAGUCCAGAAGUCCCCAGCUGCCUCAUCCCCUGCCUCUGGGAGAGCAACACCUAAAUUUACUUUAGGCUCUCCAGCACCUUACACAAAAGGACGUUUCUCUGUUUCUCACAUCACGACACCAUCACCGAUUGCAGAAGAGAAGGAUGCUGUUGCAGAAGACAUGAAUACAAAGGAGAAAAAUGGUGCCCGAGUGAAAUCAGCUAAAUCUUCUCGUGUCAACCAAGACAAUAAAACCUUUGUAACGACUACGCCUGACAAAGUAACAAGAAGUGCACAACUUGCUUUGAAGGUCACGCCCAUGAAGAGGAGAAGUGGGGCUGUAGCAGUUUUCAACGCAAAAAGAAGAAGUGGUGCCUCUAGUGCCAAUUUACUAGGUCAUGCAGAGUCACCUGCUACAAUAGUUGUAGGUAGAGCUUAUUCCACCACAGUCAGAAUGGCUGGACAGGUUCCUAAAGUGGUAAAAAAUCCUACCUUGAAGCUAAACAUGGAUAUGGACGAAAGCUUCACAGGAGUGACUGAAAUGUUUCAAACUCCAGAAAACAAGAGUGGAAAAACGUUACCUUUGGCCACUGUUCAGAAGACUGAUUUUACACCAACGUGUACUGCAGUGGACAUUUCUGAAUUGCAUACUCCUGAAGAAUGUGGAGAGAUGAUGGUGUCACCAUUAAAUAGUUCAGAUGCUUCGGAACACAAACAAGAUAGUCCAGGCAUUUGUCACUUUCUGAGAGAGAAGGAGUCUCUAAAGUCUAUGUUUGAUGCAAUAUCCACAAAAACUCCUGAAAAAAGAAAAGCUAUGCUGGAAGAAAAUAUUAGUGUGGAUAGUUUGUCAAUAAUUCCAGAAAAACAAGCAUCUUGGGUGAAAUCAGGAAGUAAAAGGAGGACUCCAAAGCAGAAGUUGGAGCCACUUGAGGUUUUAUCAGGCAUCAAGCAGCUUUUAAGGACCCCAAAGCAAAGGUCAGAACCAGUAGUGAUGUUGUCAGGCAUCAAGGAGCUCAUGAGAACCCCAAAGCAGAAGUCAGAGCCUGUAGAGGCCUUGUCGGGCAUCGAGCGGCUCAUGAGAACCCCGAAGCAGAAGUCGGAGCCUGCAGAGGCCUUGUCGGGCAUCGAGCGGCUCAUGAGAACCCCGAAGCAGAAGUCGGAGCCUGAGAACCCCAAAGCAGAGGUCGGAGCCUGUAGAGGUGUUGUCGGGCAUCGAGCGGCUCAUGAGAACCCCAGAGCAAAAGUCAGAGCCUGUAGAGGCCUUGUCGGGCAUCGAGCAGCUCAUGAGAACCCCAAAGCAGAAGUCGGAGCCUGUAGAGGCUUUGUCAGGCAUCGAGUGGCUCAUGAGAACCCCAGAGCAAAAGUCAGAGCCAGUUGA